CGUCAGCCUCUGCUUCCCUGCAUGGGUCCCGUUGCCAGGGAGAAAGAAUCCUGAGGCGAGAGCCCAGGAAGAUAACCAAGGACUCCUUUCUGCUCUUCUCACACCUUUGAAGUGGGGGCCUCUUGAGGCAAAUCAGCAAGAAUGUGGCUCCUGCAGCGGAGGACCUGGGGUGGGAGGUUACUGGAGCUGCUCAAGGAGAAGGGGCUGUGACAAGCUUUGCUGAACUGAUAACUUUAAAAGGGCAUCUUCUGCUGGCUCCUCACUCCAUCGCUUUAUCACUGCAAGUGAUAGAAUGGGGAGGGUUCCAGCCCUCCUGCGUUCUCAGAGGGCUGGGGGGCUAUAAAAACAGGAGACACUGGACAUCUGGGAGACAGUGACGGACAAAGGCAGACAGAGAGAAACCAGAGAGGAGUGAGCAGAGGCAGCAAACAUCAGCUUGUGUGCCGACAGCAUGGGCUCCUUCUCCAUCACCAUGGGCUUCUUCCUCUUCCUGGCCCUGUGGCUUCCGGGCUAUAUUGGAGCAAACCCCGGGUAUGGUGCACUGUCCAGUGCCGGCCUGAUGGAUUUCAAGAACCUGCUGGACCGCCUGGAGGAGAAGACCCCGUUAGAAGAUGAGGUCCUAGCCCCACAGGCCCUGAGUGAGCAGAACGACGAAGCAGGAACGGCGCUUAGCUCCCUCCCUGAGGUACCUCCCUGGACUGGGGAGGCCAACCCAGCUCAGAGAGAUGGCAGUGCCCUCGGGCGUGGCCCCUGGGACCCCUCCGAUAGAUCUGCCCUCUUGAAAAGCAAACUGAGGGCUCUGCUCACUGCUCCUCGGAGCCUACGGAGGUCCAGCUGCUUCGGGGGUAGGAUCGACAGGAUUGGGUCCCAGAGUGGCCUAGGCUGCAACAGCUUCCGGUACCGAAGAUAACAGCCAGGGAGAACAAGGCAGCCAAAUCCGCUGGAGCAGAUGGCAGCAGAUCCUAAGCUCCUGCGGUGCGUCACCCAGCUUGGUCUUUCAUUGCCACUGAGGUGUGGCGAACGCCCCACGGGAGCUGCGGCUCCCUGUCUUCAUGUAGAUGAGUGGUCCGAGUGAGGCGUUGCCUCUCCCACCCUGCAUAUUACGGUAGAUCCUCACCCCAGCUAGAAAAAGGUUUUGAAUAAACUUCAGCACCA